AUGGUCAAGAGAGGUGACUUACAGGAGGGCAUUUCUUCGUCGGAGGAUGCUGCCAAAAAUCGGCGGAAAAGGCGGAAACCAAUCAAAUCAUGUGCGUUUUGCAGGAAAAGGAAACUACGCUGUGACCAGCAAAAACCAAUGUGCUUAACUUGUAAGUCGAGGGGUCGCCCUGAUUGCCUCUACACACAGGAAUUCACACACAGUAUAGAGCCGGAUGAGCUAUUUGGCAGCACUCCUAAUAUCGAAUUGUUGCAGAAAGUCGACGAGUUGGAAAAGAAACUAAAUGGUAAAGGAUUGGAGAGGGAAAAUGUAGCGGAGAAGAGGAAAACAGCUCGAAACCCAUAUGCCAACCUUUACCACUUUCAAUGUAAAGGUUCGGGUAGGAGAAUAGCGUACGGUCCCACAUCUUUGAGAACGUACCUCUUCAACGAUAAUGUGGAGUUUGUGAAGAGAUAUAAUCAAUUACGGUCCAGGAAAGUCAAAAUCGAAAUCAACAAGUGGAAAGCUGCAAACACAUGGACGAUGAUGUCAGAAUUUGGGGUUCUAGAAAGUACAUUAGUCGAAAAUAACAAUUCUAAUGUUUUAAAACAGAUUUGUGAAUCUCUACCAUCAUAUGAACAGACUUUAAAUAUCAUUACAGACUUUUUUUGUAACGAACGGGGGACUAAUGACAUAAAUCAGGUAUUGGAUAAAAAUAAAGUUAUUAAUGAUUUCAAAUCUUCAUUUCUUCCAGGCAACAAAUUGCAAUCGAAUGGUGAAAGACCCAUUGAAACUUUAUUGCUCUCAAUAAAUAAAAACUACUACAAAAUCGGUGUCAUCUUAAUGAUUCUGUGCAUAUGUCAUUUCUAUGAGAAUACGCCACCGGAGGUUGAAAAAUAUGUUGUCAUGCUGACAGGAUUUACCACGGCCAAGGCGUCUUUCAUUGAGCAUGCUCAAUUUAUCUUGCUGAGAUACCAUCACCGUGAAUUGUUCUUAGCAUGCGGGGAUGAUUCUCAUAUGAUUAGUCUGGUUGAUUUAUUGUGUAGCUCAGCCGUUACGCUGGGCCUACACCUAGAUAUAAGAGAAGUUUACAAGGAUCAAGAAAAUAUUGUCGGAAGUUUAAAAAGUCUAGAAAACUUAUGGAUUUGGAUUCUUUUAUCUGAUUUUAAUGUCUCUUUGAAUGUCGGAAGAUGCUUGGCCAUCAGCUCCUCAUAUUUUCAAGCUGACGAAUACGAAAACGAUGAUGAUUCGCAUACUAAAACAGUCAAUGGUUUACCGGCCACUUUAUUUGGUGAAUCUGAUACAUGUGUGAGUAAGAUAAAAAGGUUUCUGAGACUAGCCAGGCCAAUGGUCGAUGAAAUUUAUGACAAGAGCUGCUUCCCAGAUUUAGAAAAAAACUGUAAAAUUCUGAUAGAUUUUGUAGAGACAGAAUUUGCUCCAAUUUCAUAUUUCACUAGCAGUGAUUUAAUAUCUAAGGUUCCUUUGGGCGAAACCAAAGUGCUUUUGCAAGUUUUAAAUUUACUGCUAACAUUUUAUUCGUUGAGAUUUUUGGUUUCGAGGGAAAGGGGCGUUGUUUUGAAGAAUAAUAUUUUGCAAACUAUCUUAGUUUCGUUUUCUGUGGUUAUCAAUACAACCAGAAUGUGUUUCGAUUUGGAUAAAAAGCAUUUCCCUGAACUCUUUGCACCUGAUUGUCCUAAUCUAUCACCGUUUAUGGCUUUAUCAUUAGCGUACACGAAUUUUCUGUUUCCAAGGGCAUCCUCUGUAUUUUGCUCCUUUCUUUAUCACAACUUAACACUUUUCGAAAAGGGACACUAUCUAUCCUCCGAUAAUAUAGAUCAAAAUCUGGCUGAUUGGGAUUUAUCCACUUUAAAUAUUCCCUUGGAUAAAGACAUAAAUAUACUCUCUGCGUUUCAGACCUAUUCAGAGAUUUUUGAUGGAUGGUUAAAUUCCAACAAUCAGGAGUUAAGAAACAUCAUGUGCCGUUCUUGUACAUUCGUUGCCAUUAUUGCGAUGGAAAGCAUUUGCAGGACCGUUUUGAAGAAAGUUAUUGAAUGUAGAACUAGGGUUGAAAACUCAAGGUUGCAACAAUUGCACAACAUAAAUACUCCCAUCGAUCCUAGUUUAAAUGAUUUGCAUGUCACAACUAACAACGUACCAAUGGGAGAUGCGCCAGCUGUGCUCCUCCCGGACGCACAAAAUAAUAAUAACACUGUCAACAGCGGGAGCACUCAACAAGAGUUGACAAGCAAGGACAACUCCGAUGUACAAAAUAACGAGGCUGGGCUGGCUCAAAUCAUAUCAGAUGAAUUUUGGGCGGCUUACAAUACUGGCUGGGAAGAAUUAAUGAACCAGCCGGACUAUAAAUGUUUAUUCGACACACAUUAG